AUGAUAUUGACGAACAUCUAUGCAGAUGGUUUACAAGUUCGAAUAGCUUCAUUGCGCUCGAUGUUUAAUAAAACGAAGAGCUGUUUGCCAAACAGUGAAACACAUGAUCCAUUAUUCAGAAUAACAUGUAACGGUACUCCUGUUGAUUAUGUCGACCCGUUAAUGAAACGGCGUGCACCAACUAGUGGUGAUGUAAUCUCUCUAGUAUCAGGAAAAGCUAUUGUCGCUACCGCUCAACUUUCAUCAGCGUAUGAUAUGUCUAAAACUGGCAAUUAUUUAAUUCAAUACGAUAUGCCAACAUAA